UACUUCUCCACGAAAUUCACUCAGUAGUAAACUUGAUCAGUUCCUGUGCUUAUUUACGUUACAUUUUUAAGAUGACUUUACAUUUUGACAUGACUUCCUCCUUUGCUCCCGUCAUAGAGGUCAACCAAAAAGAAAAAAAGUGGUGGAGGAAGGAGGAGGAGGAGGGCGCCAUGGACAAAGACAACACGGAGGACGACAUUGAGUCGCUCAUGGAGGACAUGGACUAUAUCCCCGGUCACUUCCACCUGAAGCUCAGCCUCAAUUGUGAUCCUGUUGGACCUUUGACGCUGCGACACAGGGACACUUAUCUAAAACAGGAGAGCCUGUGGGGAGAGUUAGAGGCCGAGGUUGGAUAUCUACAGUACGCCGUCAGAAAUCUCCUGGGUCUGCUGGCUUUUCACCUGGAGCAGCUGGACACGGCUGAGGAAAUAUUUCGAGGUAUAUGUAAAGAAGACCCCGGGAACCUCAAUGCCUGGGCCAACCUGGGCUAUGUGUACGAUAAGCUGGGGAGAGAGCUGGAUGCCGGGGAGUGUGUGGAGAAAGUGUCGCACCUCAUGGGUUUGGAUGCGGGAGAGGCCUGUCAGGAAGAGACCAGACUGCUGGCGGCGCGCUGCCUUGCUGAACAGGCCUACGUUCACCCGUAUGACGUGGAGCUGGACAGCGAGGACGACCUGAGAGAGAGGCUGACUGCAGCACUGACGUUCUACAACAAAGCCCUGGACUAUGGGGGACAACUGAUACCAACUGAGGAAAAACGAAGCUGGUAUUUUAAAAUGGCAACCAUCUAUAUAAGACUAGACGAUAUAGUGAAGAGCAAAGAGGACUGUGAAUACUCCAGAAUCACUCAUUAUAAUAAGGGACUGAGGCUUCUCAAUGAAACACUCAAAUCUGAGAAGACACAACACAAAGGUAAAGACGCUUUAGCCUGGUGUUACAUCGGCAUCAUGUUGGAAAGGAAGGAAGAGUUCAACACUAUUCCCAUGUCGAUACAUGACUGUGGAUACUCUGCCUCUGAUCCUCUGUCCUGCUAUGGAACCGCCAUAAACAUGGCCAGCGAUGAUGCGUUCAUCCUGAACCUUUUGGCCAAAGUCUUCUUUCUGCUGGGGAAACAUGAGAUGGCCACGGGGAUCAGCAACAUGGCCUUAAAUGUGCUGCCAGAUCCAGAGCUCAACUGGCAGGCUUACUGCACCCGCGCCAAGAUCAAUAUGGUGUUCUACAUCAGGGACCUAGAGAAGGCCAAAAAUGGUCAAGGCGGAAUCCCAGACCGACAGAGGCUAACUGAGGCUAGAAAAGACUUGGACAAGGUCCUGACUGUCCGACCAUGUCUGCGAACUCACCUUGAGAUGGCACAGGUGUACUACUACAUGGGUGUAGACGCACUCCAGGAGAGCCUUUUGGUGGACGAGGGAGCAGUAAAUUGUGCAUUGGUGAGUCUGUCGCAUGCCCUACAAUUUCAGAUGGGUGACAGCUUGCCAGACCUCUAUGUGCUCAGGGGACGCUGCCUGCAGCUGAAAGGCGAGGAUCAGAACGCCGCAGAAUGCUUCAAACAGGCCGUGGAGUUGGAAAGGCCGGGGAGCGCGGACACCACGGCCCUGCGCUGCCUCCUGCAGGCCCUCCUGUCUGUGUUCCUGCAGGGAGGCCCCGAUCCCAGCCCCGCCAUCACCCAGCUGGAGGUGUGGGUGCAAAAGGCGGAGGAGAGGUACCCAAAGGACCUGGUGAAGGCCGAGCUGAGGUGCCUUUACAGGAGUCAGACGGCAGAGGUCACGGAGUUAUCCAGGGCCCUGAUCAGGACAGGACGGCUGGAUCUAGUGAGGAGGCUACUGGACACAGUCAUGCCUAAACAACUGGCAAAGAAGAGAACGAUUGCGAGGUCUAUCUCCUACACAUGACGCAAAUGUGUGACUUACAGUGAGAUAUACAGUAACCCCCGGCCUUCUCUGAUUUGUUAGGCUGGCUGCAAAAAAAAUGCGGAGGGGAAUAUCCCUGCACUGCUGCCAGGCUGUUGGAUGAGUCUGAGUCAGCGAAGACUUUGACAACACCUCUCCACAUUAAGAUAUGUUAAGAGGAGUAUUUCAACAAAAAAUAUUUCCCGCUUUAACACAAUAACUGAGUCACAAAGAGUUCAUAUUUAAAGUAUCAGCAAUGUGUUCAUCGACAACAUAUUUAUUUUUUGUUUCACAGUAUCCACUAGUAACUGAUAAAACCAUUCUGAUGAUCAAAACCCCAAAAUACUGUAUAUAUAAUUUAUACUUCAUCCAUUUUUUUUUACCACUGGAAGAACAAUAGAAUGUCAUUAACUGUCUUAAAAUUGAACACACGGGUAUUGUUAUCCUGUUAAUGUUAUUCAUAAAGCAGUCCUACUUUGAGGCACUAUAUUUAGGAUUAUAUGCCAACGAUGUGCUGUGUACUGUAUGAACUCAUAUGGAAGUUGUUUUGAAUUCAAACGCGGAUGUAAUCCUGGGAAUGCCAUAGAAAUACUCUUCUCUUCUUUGUCCAAUUUCUCCUCAAUGUAGAUUCAGGUUUUGUUUUGCUUGUGUUUAGUGGAGAUGUCAGUCAUCAUUAAAGGAAUAUCAUACCAUUCAAA